AUGGCCAAAGGAACGACAAUCUCAGCUCUUGUUCAAUCUCCCAAUGGCGGAGGCCCGCCGCUGGUCUCGCGAGACCGGCCCAUGCCGCAAAUCAGAGAGCCCCACGAUGUCCUCGUCAAGGUUUCUGCUGUUGCGUUGAACCCAACUGACUACAAGAUGCCAGACUACCAUCCCGUACCCAAUGCCAUUAUGGGCUGUGACUUCAUGGGCACCAUCGUCGCAGCUGGCCCUGCAGUCGACAGCACAUGUGUCGGGAUGCGAGUUUGUGGUCCCAUGCACGGCUCAAAUCCUGGCAACCCAGACUCUGGAGCGUUUGCUGAAUACCUUAUCCAAGAUAGACGCCUUCUUGUUCGGGUGCCAGACUCAUGGAGUGACCUAGAAGGGGCAGCUCUUGGAGGAGUCGGAUGGGCGACUGUGGCACUAGCUAUGGAGGACUCCCUUCUUUUGACAGGCACUCCAUCAAAACCUGCUCCCUUGCGGUCUGACGGGACUCGCGUACCUGUUUUGGUAUAUGGUGGUGCCACAGCCACCGGCACUAUGGCUUGCCAAUUACUAUCGAGGUACGUGCGAUUGGAAUCCUGGCGGACAAGAAUUCGAACAAGUAGACUAACGUUCCACCGCAGUGCUGGCUAUGACCCCAUCGCAACCUGCUCCCCAGCUUCCGCGGCUCUUGUGAAGAAGUAUGGGGCGGCUUCCACAACACCUUACUCUUCGCCGACAUGCGGAGAGACGAUCCGCGAUGCAACAAAGGGCUCCAUUCGAGCUGCGAUCGACUGCAUCACGACACCAGAAUCCGUGAAAUGUUGCUUCACAGCUCUGGGUCGCGCUGGAGCGAGGUAUGCAUCCCUCGAACAUGCUCCCGAUGAGUGGAGAACGAGAAAAGCAGUCAAAAUGGAUAUGCCAAUGACAUAUGUGGUCAUGGGCCGCGAGGUAAAGCUUAAUGGAGUUUACCACCGUGAUGCGGACCAGUCCAAAUUUGACCUGGGAGCCAGGUGGGCGCUUGAAGUUCAGACUUUGGUAGACGAGGGACGUCUGAAAUGCCACCCGGCACGUGAAGUUCCCGGUGGUUGGCAAGGAGUGAUUCAAGGUCUUGAGAUGUUGAAGUCAGGCCAGGUUAGGGGGCAGAAGCUUGUAGUAAAGGUGGGAAGUGCCUAA